AUGGUGAAGAUAUUUGUUGGAAACGUGAACUCCUCAACCACAGAACCAGAACUGCGUACUCUAUUUGAGAAAUACGGUCAGGUAUCGGACUGUGACAUUCUGAAAAACUAUGGCUUUGUGCACAUGAAUGAGGAGGAGGAUGCCCAGAAGGCAGUGGCAGAACUCCAUAAGCAUGAGCUCAAUGGGGCGCCCAUCACUGUGGAGUUUGCCACUACGAAGGUCCGCAAUGCCACCAAGAUCUACGUAGGGAAUGUCCCUGAGGGGACCACAGGUGCUAAGAUAAGAGAGCUCUUCCAGCCGUUUGGUAAGGUGGUUGAGUGUGACAUUGUGAAGAACUUUGCCUUUGUGCACAUGCAGAGAGAAAAUGAGGCCCAUGAGGCCAUUUCCAAGUUAAACCACUCUAAACUGGAGGGCCAAAAGAUCUUUGUAUCCAUCUCCCGCAACAAUCAAGCCAGAAAUGGCAGAGGGGAUGACUACCCUCCCCCACCUCACCACUAUCAACCUCACCCACACCACACUCCUCACUACCUCUCCCCUCGAGCUCCACACGGUGACUACUACCCACCUCGUGGUCGCUUUCCUCCUCCCCUUCCCCCACCCCCUCCUAGGGCCUACUACGAGUGUGACCUAUAUGAGAGGCUUGUCCGCCAUGACCCAUACUCUUCCUCUUCACGUUACUAUGAGCAGGAUCCUUAUGAGCGACGGCUUCCCCCACUCCCUCAGCGGCCACUUUCUCCCCGUUAUUACCGGGAGCGCAGCCCCCUGGCUAGCCGCUGCACUAUGUUGUCUCCACCCCCACCUUCCUCUGCCAGCUAUGCACGCAGCUAUGCCCGAAGUCGUGCCGGGCGAGAUUUUGUCGGUGGCAGCUCUGUGCACCCUCCUUCCUCUAUGCGCUAUGCUCUGGGCUCAGGCUUUGAUAAGGAUGAUUACUUUGAGGAGAAGUACUCCAAUGGUUUUGGUAGGGGCUACUAA